GUGUUGGUUUGUGUGGGUAAAUGCCUCAAGGGGUCAGGACUAUUGGAUCUCUCUAGAACUGGAGUUACACCUGCUCUGGGUGCUGGAAACUUGACUUCUUUCCUCCUCAGGAGCCGUAAGUACUUUUAACCACUGAGCCAUCUCGCCAGCCCCCUACUGAGUGGUCUUUUUUUUUUUUAAUUUAUUUUAUUUAUAUGAAUACAACAUUGCUGUCUUCAGAUACACCAGAAGAGGGUAUUGGAUCCCAUUACAGAUGGUUGUGAGCCACCAUGUGGUUGCUAGGAAUUGAACUCAGGACCUCUGGAAGAGCAGUCAGUGCUCUUAACCGCUGAGCCAUCCCUCUAAGCCCCUGAGUGGUCUUUUUUGUCUACAGACAUGUUUAUGAGUUUAUAUUUUGGAUCUUCAAGACAGGGUUUUUCUGUGUGACCCCUUGUGCUGGAACUCACUCUAUCGACCAGGCUGGACUCAAACUCAGCCAUCUACCUGCCUCCCAAGUGCUGGGAAUUAAAAGUGUCUUUCACCACACUGCACUUUUUAAGUUUUAAAGACAGUGUUUCAUGUAUCUCUGGCUGGCUUUGAACUUGCCAUAUAGGCAAGGGUGACCUUGACUCUGUACUCAAGUGCUGAGAUUACAGAUGGACACCGCCAGACUCGUUUAUGCAUUGUUGGGGAGCAAACCCUGGGUUUUGUGCAUGCUUGGCAACACUCUGCCUACUGAACUACCACGCCCUCCUUCUCACUGUUUAUCAUUCCUACAAGUUCUGAGUUCUCUAAGGGAGGAGCUAGACCCUUCAUGUCUGUCUACUCACCACGCCUAACACCUGGCAUCUCAUGGGCCUGAAUCUUAAGCAUGCCAGUUAAGUUAAUAGGAAUGAAAUGCUCUGGUUUGACUCUUAAGUCUUUCAGUUAUCUUUGCUCUUGUUUGUUGAGACCAUGUCUAUUUUUAUUUUUGCAACAAGGUCUUGAUAGGUAGUCCCAGUUGGACUGGAACUCACUAACUCGAGCUGGCCAACCUACACCCUUCUGCCACAGCUUUGGAAUUACAGGCCUGAACCAACACUCCUUCUCCCAACCUGAUUUGCAUUUCAAUACUGUCAUUAGAGCACAGUGCUUCUCAUAGUUGAAAUAAGUAUCUGAGGACUCUGGUGGCUUUAAAAGCACUUUGCUGGCCAAGCCUGAUAACCUCAGUUCAGUUGCUGGGACCCACAGUAUGUGUAAGGAGAAAAUUAACUCCCCAAAAUUGUCCUGUGACCUCUACACAUGUACCUUGGCAUGAACUUGCUCUCAUGUGUGUGCACACACACAGAGAGAAACACAUGUAUAAGUGUAAAACUUAAAGAUUUAUUUAUUUUCUUUUAUGUACAGCAUUCUGCCUGCAUAUGUGACUGCAGGCCAGAAGAAGGCACCAGAUCUCAUUACAGAUGGUUGUGAGCCACCAUGUGGUUGAUGGGAAUUGAACUCAUGACCUCUGGAAGAGCAGUCAGUGCUCUUAACCACUGAGCCAUCUCUCCAGCCCAAGUGUAAAACUUAAAACAGUGGUGUAGAGUGGGGAGAAGAGGCAGAAGGAUCUCUGAAUUUGAGGCCAGCCUUCUCCAAAUAUUGAAUUUUAAGAAAGCCAGGAAGGGCUAUGUAGAGAGGGCCUUGUCUUAAAAACAAAAACACCGGGGCUGGGGAUUUAGCUCAGUGGUAGAGCGCUUACCUAGGAAGCGCAAGGCCCUGGGUUCGGUCCCCAGCUCCGGAAAAAAAAAAAAAAAAAACAAAAAAAAACAAAAAAAAAACAAAAAAACACCCAACAACAUAGAAUUUGCGUAUAAUGUAUGCAUGUCCCCCAGAACAUUUAGAAUCAACCCUAGAGCACCUAUAACCCUUAAUACAGUGUAAACGCUAUAUAAAUGGCUUAGGAAAUAACGGCAAGAACACGAAAUCUGCGUAUGUUCAGUACAGACAUAAUUUUGUUCCCCAGACUUUUUUUCAAGGUGUUAGGGAUCAAAUUCAAGGUCUUGUACAUGCUAAGUUCUUUACCACUGAAUUACAUUCCCAGCCCCAAAAUGUAUUUUCUGUCGUUUUUUAGAGACAGGGUCUCUCUUUGUAUCCCAGAUGGAUUUUUAGACUUCGUCUCUCACUAGGAUUUGGGGCUACAUGCAUGGGGUUCUCUGGCUAGUCAGUAAGCCCUAGGGAUCCUCUUGUCAGAACCUCCCCAGUCCAGCCCCAGGGCUGGCUUCACCAAUUGUGGGUGUUAGGAAUGGAACUUAGCUCCCUCCUCCCUGCAGGGUAGCCCUUUACCAACUGAGUCAUCUCUAUAGCUACCUUCACAAAUGGUUUCUUGUUUUCGUUUUGGUUUUGAGAUUAGUUGAACCCAACAAUGCAGAGGGCCAACUAUGUAAACAUAUAUGUCUACACAAGGAUGUAUUUUUUGCUUUUUGAGACAAGUUCCCACCAUGUUACCCUGCUUGGCAUAAAACAUAUGUAAACCAGUCUGGCCUUGAAUGUAUGGAUCCACCUGCUUCUGCCUUCCUAGUGCUAAAAUAAAUGACUUGUGCUACCGAGCCCAGCUGGUUUCUAAGUCUCAAGUAGCGACCCGGCCAACCUCUAUUUUCUAGUCUCAAAUUGUUAUGAUGUUAAAAUUAGAUAAAGGCUAUUUAAAAAAAAAAGGCACAUAGCAGGUAGUUAGUUAAUGUUUGGGAGUUAAUGUUUUAUUCAGUCCACUCACCAAUAUUCCCUGUGACAUUUCCUCACAGUUUCAGGAUAGCCUGGGCCUGGUAGCACAUGCCUGUCACUUAGCAAUCAACUAGGAAGCUAAGGAAGAUCGCUGAGAAUUCAAGGCUAGCCUGGCUUGCAUAGCAAGACCUGUCUCAACAAAACAAAAGUUUCAUGACCUUUUUAAAAGUAUCCUAUUCGUUUUUUGGUUUUGUUGUUUGUUUUAACUAUUUGUUCUCUAAUACCCUAGGCCUUCCACAAAAAUGAUUGCGCGAAAGCUGUUUGGAGUGGAAGGGGAACAAAUAGACUUCUAGAAAACCCUCUGGGCCCUUGGGUCACAGGCAGCCGUUCUUUCUGAAAGCCCCGUGGGGCUUACAUCUCGAGGGGUUGGCCUGAUCCCAACCUUAUUCUUUUAAACCAAAAUCCUGGCGGGUACUUAUCCUGGAACCCUCACAUCUCAAGCGCGGAUUUCCAACAGCUUCUAAGGCAAGCCCAAAACAUCCCGCCUCCUUCCACAGAAUGUCCUAUCAACGCUCCCGUAGCGAUGACCGACAGUCUCCCAGGAGCCAAUAAGCUCCGUUCUUCUGAAGAAACCCGCCCAGGCGUUGUGUCGUCAGUGGGCACCAAGCCUGGCGCUUCCGCGAAGCCGGGCGGCGGGUACUUGCGUUGAAAUCUGAUUGUGAGUGGCCCCACCUUAAAGGGGAGGGAACCGAGGGGGACCCGAGCCCUUUAAGACUAGGCGGGCUGCGGCCUGCCCCUUUAAGGGCGGGGCGUCCGACGGCAGAAUCUGAGCCCCAGAUUACCUUGAGUUUCCGUCACGGGCAGCGAGGCGCAGCUCCUAGGCUGGGUCCGGGUGCUUGGCGGGGGGCGGCGGCGGCCUCAUCCCCGCUCGUCCUCCCCGGGCCCGGAGACACCCCCGCCCCAGUCAUGCUGAGCAGAGUAUGGAAGCAGCUGACUACGAAGUGCUAUCCGUGCGAGAGCAGCUGUUCCACGAUAGGGUCCGCGAGUGCAUCAUCUCAAUACUUCUGUUUGCAACACUCUACAUCCUCUGCCACAUCUUCCUGACCCGCUUCAAGAAGCCUGCUGAGUUCACCACAGUGGAUGAUGAAGACGCCACAGUUAACAAGAUUGCGCUGGAGCUGUGCACUUUUACCCUGGCAGUCGCCCUGGGCGCUGUCUUACUCUUGCCCUUCUCCAUCAUCAGCAAUGAGGUGCUACUCUCACUGCCACGCAACUACUACAUCCAGUGGCUCAAUGGCUCCCUCAUCCAUGGUCUUUGGAACCUCGUUUUCCUGUUCUCCAAUCUGUCCCUCGUCUUCCUUAUGCCCUUUGCAUAUUUCUUCACAGAGUCUGAAGGCUUUGCUGGCUCCAGAAAGGGUGUCCUGGGCCGGGUCUACGAGACAGUGGUGAUGUUGAUACUCCUCACUCUGCUUGUGCUGGGCAUGGUGUGGGUGGCAUCAGCCAUUGUAGACAAUGACAAGGCCAGCAGGGAGUCACUCUAUGACUUCUGGGAGUACUACCUCCCCUAUCUCUACUCCUGUAUCUCCUUCCUCGGAGUCCUGCUGCUUCUGGUGUGCACUCCACUAGGUCUCGCCCGCAUGUUCUCCGUCACUGGGAAGUUGCUGGUCAAGCCCCGGCUACUGGAAGACCUGGAAGAACAGCUGAACUGCUCAGCCUUUGAGGAGGCAGCUCUGACUCGAAGAAUCUGCAAUCCCACAUCCUGCUGGCUGCCGCUGGACAUGGAGCUGCUGCAUAGACAGGUCCUGGCUCUGCAGGCGCAGAGGGUCCUCCUGGAAAAGCGGCGGAAGGCGUCAGCCUGGCAGCGGAACCUGGGCUACCCUCUGGCCAUGCUGUGCUUGCUGGUGCUGACGGGCCUGUCUGUGCUCAUUGUGGCUGUCCACAUCCUGGAGCUGCUCAUUGACGAGGCUGCCAUGCCGCGGGGCAUGCAGGAUGCUGCCCUGGGCCAGGUCUCCUUCUCCAAACUGGGGUCCUUUGGUGCCAUCAUCCAGGUCGUGCUGAUCUUUUAUCUGAUGGUGUCCUCGGUAGUGGGCUUCUACAGCUCUCCACUCUUCGGAAGCCUGAGACCUAGAUGGCAUGACACAUCUAUGACACAGAUAAUUGGGAACUGUGUCUGUCUCCUGGUCCUCAGCUCAGCACUUCCUGUCUUUUCUCGAACCCUUGACUCUGCUUCAGGGCUGACACGCUUUGACCUGCUGGGUGACUUUGGACGCUUCAACUGGCUAGGCAAUUUCUACAUCGUGUUCCUCUACAAUGCAGCCUUUGCUGGUCUCACCACACUCUGUCUGGUGAAGACCUUCACUGCAGCUGUGAGGGCAGAGCUGAUCCGAGCCUUUGGUAAGGAGUGGAGCAGGGGUGGCCCAGCCUUUGGUAAGGAGUGGAGCAGGGGUGGCCCAGCCUUUGGUAAGGAGUGGAGCAGGGGUGGCCCAGCCUUUGUAAGGAGUGGAGCAGGGGUGGCCCAGCCUUUGUAAGGAGUGGAGCAGGGGUGGCCCAGCCUUUGUAAGGAGUGGAGCAGGGGUGGCCCAGCCUUUGUAAGGAGUGGAGCAGGGGUGGCCCAGCCUUUGUAAGGAGUGGAGCAGGGGUGACCCAGUCUUUGGUAAGGAGUGGAGCACGGGUGGCCCUGGGUUCGGUCCCCAGCUCCGGGAAAAAAAAAAAAAAAAGGAGUGGAGCACGGGUGGCCCAGCCUUUGUAAGGAGUGGAGCAGGGGUGGCCCAGCCUUUGGUAAGGAGUGGAGCACGGGUGGCCCAGCCUUUGUAAGGAGUGGAGCAGGGGUGGCCCAGCCUUUGGUAAGGAGUGGAGCACGGGUGGCCCAGCCUUUGUAAGGAGUGGAGCAGGGGUGGCCCAGCCUUUGGUAAGGAGUGUGGAGCAGGGGUGGCCCAGUCUUUGGUAAGGAGUGGAGCACGGGUGGCCCAGCCUUUGUAAGGAGUGGAGCAGGGGUGGCCCAGCCUUUGGUAAGGAGUGUGGAGCAGGGGUGGCCCAGUCUUUGGUAAGGAGUGGAGCACGGGUGGCCCUGGGUUCGGUCCCCAGCUCCGGGAAAAAAAAAAAAAAAAGGAGUGGAGCACGGGUGGCCCAGCCUUUGUAAGGAGUGGAGCAGGGGUGGCCCAGCCUUUGGUAAGGAGUGGAGCACGGGUGGCCCAGCCUUUGUAAGGAGUGGAGCAGGGGUGGCCCAGCCUUUGUAAGGAGUGGAGCAGGGGUGGCCCAGCAGGGAAGAGGAUGUGCUACCUGUUUAUGCCUUACCCAUCUCACCCACCCAUUGUUCUAUCCUGUCACCUCCCCAUAAGGAGCUGACCUGUGUCCUCCUCUUACUUCCUACGUCUCUUCCAGGGCUGGACAGACUGCCGCUGCCUGUCUCUGGUUUCCCCCGAGGUUCUAGGAAGAAGCAGCAUCAAUGACCUCCAGCUGGGGGUUGAGAAGGAGAAAACUAGGCACUGCCUAGGCCUGGAGGAGAGCCCUAAGUGGCUGGACCUCAGGACCUGGAAUCUGAGAGGGUGGGUGACAGAGGGGACGGACCAUCUGCACUGUUGCUUAAUCUGAGCCAGAGUUUGGGACCUGGCCCGGCCUCCUGCCUUUCCAGAUGUAGCUGUGGCCUGAGUGUUGGAGCUCGGGGCUUGCUUUAGUUCCUGGUCCCAGAUACGUUUACACAUCUAUCUGCCUCAAUCCUGCUCCAGGCCAUGCCUGAAGCCAUGUUUACAUGAUUUGACGUGCAAUAGGGUGGGUGGGAGUCGGGGGGCUGGGCAGGGGUGGGUUCUGGACACAGGUUGUCUUCCUUGCCUCUGGCCCAGGAGAGCCGAAGCACUGUGCUGUCCUGUGGAGGGAGGGCGUGGACCACUGGAGAGACCAAGGGUGCGGGGAGGAGGCUGCACCCAUGAGCAAUAAAGUUGAUCCCAGGGUUUUCUUCGUUCUUUUGUAAA